AUGCCUUCUUCAAAGGGAAAAAAGCAUUCAAAGACACAGUCAAGGUUGUCGAAUUCUGACAACUUUUCUUCACCUGUGUCACUUGAUUUUGAAGCUACUGAAGAGAUUCUUGCAAGCUCUCUUGAACUAGCUUCGGUUAAAUACCCAUCUCUGAUUGGGAACUCUGCUUUCAUUGGCCGAGUCACUGAUGUUCAGGAUGACCCCAAAAGCUGUAAAAUUUGGCUUUCAGAGCCUUCCAUGGUUGCCUCUUCCUUCACUCCUGGAUCCAUUGUGUCGGUUAUAAAGAAUGGAGUGCGAUUGUCUUCACAUCUUUCCAAUACAAUGGGUUGUCCUCCAUCAGGCAGGGUCAUAUUCAUCCACUCUGUACAAAAUCAAUCCCAAGCUGGUCUUGUAUGUGAUACAAGAAAAGCACGUAGCACUAAAGUUAAUUGCCUCUCAGUAUACGACUGCAAGGAGUUAGUUUUGGAGCUUCUUCAUUCUAACAACAGAUUAAUUAUGAACAAUACCUCUACCAAUUUUUCUUAUCAAAAAUCUUACUGUCAUUCCGAAAAUGGAAUGCUUGCAUCCCCUAAGACACCAUUGAAUCAAUCAAAGCUUAGUGUUUCUGAUACCAGUCCAGUAACUUCACCACGGCGUGGGGAGUCAGUAGGAAAUGUAACCAUUCCCAAUGAGUCAUCUGUUGAUUCUUUUGAUAUUGAAGAGGUUUUAGGGGAUGACAGUACAAAAAGACUUCUGCAGACAUGUGCUACAACAUGGUUGUAUUCUCGCUGUCUACUUAUUGGAAAUUUUGUGACCAUCCCAAUGCUUUCACAGCUUUGUUUACUCCGAGUGAUUGGUGCUAAAACUUUGUCAAAGAAUAAUGCUAAUCAUGAUUUGCUAAAUGAGGCGUCUGAACUAGUGGGUGGUGAAAAUGAUGCUUUUCUAGUGAAGCGAGAAACGAAAGUAUGUUUUCAUUUGUCAUCAAACCCAGCAUCUGAAACUCUGCAGAGAAGCAAUCUGUCUAGUGUGGAAUGUAAUGAUUCUAUAGCUGAUACAGGAGAUAAUACUUCAAGAUUGGCCGGUCUUUCUAAAGAAUAUGAAAAUUUGAAGGACAUCAUAAUUUCAUCCUCUAUGGACAUUUUACCAAGUUUUGGUUUAAAACCUACAAAGGGAGUGCUUCUUCAUGGUCCUCCUGGUACGGGAAAGACUUCGUUGGCUCGAUUAUGUGCCCGUGAUUCUGGCGUCAAUUUUUUCUCUGUCAAUGGACCUGAAGUUGUGAGCCAAUACCAUGGAGAAAGUGAGCAAGCUUUGCAUGAAGUUUUUGAUUCAGCUAGCCAAGCUGCGCCUUCUGUGUUAUUCAUUGAUGAGCUUGAUGCUAUUGCACCUGCAAGGAAAGAUGGAGGUGAAGCGCUAUCUGAAAGAAUAGUUAGUGCACUGUCGAAGUUGAUAGAUGGGGACGGGGUUAAUAGAAAUGGAGUACUUGUAAUAUGUGCGACCAACAGGCUUGAUAGCAUUGAUCCUGCACUCAGACGAACUGGAAGACUUGACAAGGAAAUUGAAAUAGGUGUGCCGUCUCCCAACCAACGUUUGGAGAUACUUAAUGUUCUUGUCAGUGCCAUGGAGCACUCUCUUUCAGAUGAACAAGUCCAACAUCUUGCCAUUGCUACACAUGGUUUCGUAGGAGCUGAUCUAGCUGCCCUUUGUAACGAGGCAGGCUUCAAUUGUCUUAAGCGUUAUGUCAAAUAUAAAUACUCUCAUGAUUAUUUGCACCAAACAUCUAUUUCUCAUAAAGAGAUAUCUGUGCAUGUGAAGGGAACAAAUGCAAAUGGUGAUAAUUUCCUGAAUGGCAUAGAAGAAGAAUGUGUCUUACAAGUGGCUUUUGAAGAUUUUGAAAAGGCCAGGAUGAGAGUGGGGCCUAGUGCCAUGCGAGAGGUAAAACUUGAGAUUCCAAAGGUUAAUUGGGAAGAUGUUGGUGGUCAAAGGGAGGUCAAAAAUCAGUUAAUGGAAGCUGUAAUAUGGCCUCAAAAACACCAGGAUGCAUUCAAACAGAUAGGGAUUCGACCCCCAACAGGGGUUCUGAUGUUUGGUCCUCCUGGAUGCAGCAAAACCCUCAUGGCUCGUGCUGUAGCUUCUGAAGCACGGCUGAAUUUCCUUGCUGUGAAGGGUCCAGAACUUUUUAGCAAAUGGGUUGGUGAAUCUGAGAAGGCUGUGAAAUCCCUGUUUGCAAAGGCAAGGGCUAAUGCCCCAGCAAUCAUAUUCUUUGAUGAAAUUGACAGUCUUGCUGCUAUUCGUGGGAAGGAAAGUGAUGGAGUUUCAGUUUCAGAUAGGGUUAUGAGUGAGCUGCUUGUUGAAUUGGAUGGUUUGCAUGCAAGAGUUGAUGUCACUGUGAUUGCUGCUACAAAUAGGCCAGACAAGAUCGAUGGUGCCCUUCUAAGACCAGGACGCUUUGACCGGCUGCUAUAUGUGGGACCUCCAAAUGAGCCCGAUCGGGAAGAGAUAUUUCGUAUUCAUCUACGCAAGAUUCCGUGCUGUUCUGAUGUCAACAUAUAUGAACUUGCUCAUCUUUCAGAAGGCUGCACUGGCGCUGAUAUAUCGUUAAUUUGCAAAGAAGCAGCUGUUGCAGCUUUGGAGGAGAGCCUUGAUGCCUCAGAAGUAAAGAUGAAACAUUUAAAGACUGCAAUUGAACAAGUGAAGCCGACAGAAACUCAGCUUUAUCAAGAGCUAUCAGAAAAAUUUCAGAGACUUGUUAAGUCUAGCACAAACGAGAACUAA